AUGACUAAUUUAAGUUAUGGAAAUACAUUUAAUUUUAUACGUAAUAAAUAUGAUGAAGUUAUACAACACGGUUGUAUUAAUUUAGAUAAUAUGCAUAAAAAUAAUAAAAAGGGAAAUAAGAAAAAAUAUAUUAAUAUUUUUCCAAUUAUGAAAGUUUUAGUAAUUUGUCUCUUAUUGUCAUUAGUGAAUAAAUCAAAUGAUAAUGCAUAUAAUAAGGAUAUAUUUCAAAAGGAUAAAGGGAAUUGUGGUGGUCUAAGAUACAAAAGAUUAUUAGCAGAACCAAUUUUCGGAUUUGAUGUCAUGUAUGAUUUGUUUAAAGAUAAUUUUUUAGAACAAAUUGGUUAUAAUGAUGCACAAAAAAAUGAAUUAAAAGUUUCUAUGAAAUCGUUUUUUCAAAGUUCAAAUAGUCAAGAAUAUACCUAUGCUAGACGAGAAGAUAAUAUUCAUAGUAUUAGUAAAGCAAAUGUGACAAACGUGAAAAGUGUGAAAUUUGAAGAACCACAAGAUGAGAAAAAUUUAAUUACAAUUGAAGAAAUAAAUGCAGACAAUAAUGAUUCAAAAGAAAAAAAAAAUGAAGUAACUAAUAUAAACGUGGAUGAAAAAAAGGAUUUGGAAAGAGUAAUUUCCAAUGAAAAAAAAAAUGAAGUAACUAAUAUAAACGUGGAUGAAAGAAAGGAUUUGGAAAGAGUAAUUUCCAAUGAAAAGAAAAAAACAACAACUAGUAAUAAUGAAAGGAAAAAGAAAAAAACUAAAAGAUCUCGUAAGAAUAAAGACAGUAAAACAUCUUAUGAUAAUAUAGAAGUAAAUAGUACAUCAGAAGAAGAUAAUAUAGAAGUGAAUAAUACAUUAAAAGAAGAUAAUAUAGAUGUUCCAGAACUAAUUGAUGAAAAAAGAGAGUUAAUUAAAAAAGAAUCUAUAUAUAAAAAUAAAUUAAAAGAAGAUAAUAUAGAUGUUCCAGAACUAAUUGAUGAAAACAGAGAGUUAAUUAAAAAAGAAUCUAUAUAUAAAAAUAAAUUAAAAGAAAAUAAUAUAGAUAUUCCAGAACUAAUUGAUGAAAACAGAGAGUUAAUUAAAAAAGAAUCUAUAUAUAAAAAUAAAUUAAAAGAAGAUAAUAUAGAUGUUCAAGAACUAAUUGAUGAAAACAGAGAGUUAAUUAAAAAAGAAUCUAUAUAUAAAAAUAAAUUAAAAGAAGAACCUGUUGAAAAAAGAAUAAAAAGGAAAAAUUAUAUUUUUCUUAUACUUGAAAAGGCAAAAGAAAUUCCCCCAGGUGUUAUUGUAGGAUUAUUUUCUAUUUUUUACGUUGCACUAGGAGAAAAUAGAUCAUCUUUAAUUUUAUUAAUUGUAAUAUUUAUUUUAACAGUACAUACAUAUUUGGAAGUAAAAAGAAUAUGUCGAUUCUUAAAUAUAGAUUAA